AACAUGGAUGUCUGUAUGACAAGAUAGAGCUGGCAACUUCGAUAUUAAAAUAUAAGAAAUAUUGGACAGUGACGCUAUUCAACAGCUAACAGCAUCAAAAAUUUGAGGAAAAAAAUGAUUAAAUGCACAUCACACGUUACAAAGUAAAAUAUCCGUAUUUACAUGCUGACAGAGAAAUUUCUCAUACAUAUUGAAGUACUGUACGAAUGGCCUCGACCAAGUCGGAAAUUCUUUCCGGAAGAGUGUUGAUUUCAAUGAUCUGCCUCGAAACUAUUUGAACUAAUGCGUGCAUAGUGAGGAGAACAUUAUAUCAUUUUAUUGGUAGCGCCCCCUGUUCCUUGACUACGAAAAUCUGUCGCGAUCUGUCAACAGAGAAGUCUCUACCGAAGGGUGAUACGCUGUCAAGCGAAGGUCUUGUUUACUAACAAUAUAGUCGUGGUUGUGUUGUAAUUUGGUAGUGCGCACCCGAAAAGUUGGAUCUUAUUGUAGAUACCUUGGGUUUUAUCGUUCUAUUCUCUCCUUUUACAAGAAUACAAACAUGACAAAUACAAAUGAUUGGCAGAUCCACAAGAAAACUGUCAGUCAAAGAGGACAUCAUCUCCUCGAAACAGCUUUAUGGAGUGAUUGUAGAUUUGUUGUGGGUACAACAACUCAUCAGCAAGUAUUUCAAGGACAUAAGUUAUUGUUAGCAAUGGCUAGCCCUGUUUUUGAAGCAAUGUUCUUUGGAGGAAUGGCAGAGAAAAAUGAUCCCAUACCCAUUUUGGAUGUACAGCCAGAUGCUUUUAAAGCAUUUCUGGAAUAUAUUUAUACAGACAAUAUCAAUCUUGAAUCUUUUGACAAUGCUUGCGAACUGUGCUAUGUGGCAAAAAAAUACAUGUUACCACAUCUUGUUGAAGAAUGCACAAGAUUUUUGUGGAAUGAUUUAUUCCCCAAAAAUGCAUGCCGUGCAUAUGAAUUUGCAAGAUUAUUUGAAGAACCUGUACUAAUGGAGAAAUGUUUAAAAAUCAUAUCCUGUGAGACAGAGGCAGUUCUCCAGGAACCUAGUUUUGAAGAUGUUGAGUUACCAACACUUGUAACUAUUUUGGAACUUGAUGAACUAAGUAUUGCAUCAGAGCUUGAUUUGUUUAAUGCUGUGCAGAGAUGGGCUAUACGAGAGUGUACAAGAAAAGGAUUAUCUCCAGAUGAUAAUAAAUCAUUAAGAUCUGUACUUGGAGCUGCAUUAGGAAAGAUUCGGUUUCUAACUUUGACACCAGCUCAGUUUGCUGAAGGACCUGCGUUGUCUCCGCUCUUAACACAAGAUGAAAGUUUUGCUGUUUUAAUGAACAUAUCUUCUUCUACACCUGAUAAAUUGCCAAUGCCUGAAGGAUUUUCUACAUGUACCUUAUUGCGAAAGAAACCUGCCCCGGAAAUACCAACAGAGAAUUCAGUCAUACCAGUCCAAAGUGGUAUUUUUCCAUCUGGAGAAGUGGUUCAAGAAGGACAUAAAUAUUAUUGCUUGAGAAACAUUAUAUCUCAGCCACAUAUAUUUAAUACAAGUAUACUGGAUUGCUCAGUUUCCUUUACAGUGAGCAGAAACAUUUGCAUUUUGGGUGUACAGGUUCCCACUCAAGUGCUUGGAGAAAAUGGUGAAACACCAUCAUGUAAUCUAAUCCGUCCAGGCCAAACGGAAAGUUAUUCAGAACUUAUAUAUUCUCAUCUCUUGGAUUCGGACGGAAGUCGUCUAACAUAUACUCAUUUGACAUCUCGUGUCAACUACGGCUCACUUGUUGAAAUAGUGUUCAACAGAAAGUGUGUGUUGGGAGACCCAGUACUCCUCUGUUCGGGGGGAGGAAAAGUUUUGAACAUACCAAAAGGAGAAGGAAUUACAGUGGCAGAUAUGGAAGAAGAUGAACCUGAAGAAGUUUCUUUAACAGGAAAAGAUAGUGCAAGAAGUUUCAGAUAUUCUGGUAGAUAGAAAGACACAUGUUAAGAAAGAAGAGACAUUAUAUCAGGAGAGGAAGAUAUUUUUACAUGUUUACAAAAUAUCAAAGUUGAAUGAAGACUUCAUUUUGAUAACUUUUAGUCCUUUUUAUUUGUGUUUUUGUUUGCUUUUUAUGUCUCUCAAUCUACUUGUAGUGUAAUUUAUGCCUAUAACUCUGAGAAUUACUAUCUGUUUGUGAUAUUUUUGGUAUUAAAGCUUUGCCAACUUUACUGUAUUAAUAAAAAAUAUACAUAAAAACUAAAAUUCUGAUCAAUUUUAAGCUAGAACAGCAUAAAAUACAGAAAUUAAAUAGAUUAGUUUUAUCCCAAAAUGCAGAAUAAUCCUACUUAAUUAUCAAAACGGCACUGAAUCUACUUUACAAGAGUUACAUAAAUUUGAGAAUAGAUAAAUGGAAACAAACUUUC